AUGAAAAGACUUACAGAGCUCGACUUAGGCCAUUUCAAUUACUCGGACAACGAGGUAGUCGUCUACAACCACAACCGCACCCCCGAGGAACAUCGAGCGUACAACCUACUCAAGGAAGCAUACAGACGUGCGACCUACCAGGAAGGAUUACUCCUCGAUCGACCAGUAGCACCAACGCCUCAGAGACAGGCAUCUAUCGAACUCAUCCGUCAAUGGACGCUUGACCGGAUCGGAAGGACUCACGCACGAGCCGUCCUUCAUAGCCCAGUUUGGAACGAAUAUCGCCUGAGCAUCGGCUCUUGGACACCAGACCAGGCGAGCCUCGAGUUUACUAUCCUUGACGAACUCGAGCAUUGGGUACUCCGUGACGUCGGGUACGACGCGGACGACGAGCUACCAUCACUCGUCAACACCGAGCAAGAAUCAUCAGCAGGCAACCCCCCGAGCCCCGGACCACUAGACAUCCUCUCCCUCCUUACGAGGAUUCGGGACAACGCGAGCGCGUUGUACGACAUCACCAACCACCACCCGACCCUCACCCCGAUCUCCGAGCAAGCACACAUCCAGGUUCUCAUUGAACAAGUUCAGCUGGUCCUCAACACCCUUCACAACCUCCAACGGCUCAUCAGCCCACCCCUUCCUCCCAUCCCCAUCAGCCACGACCCAGAAGAGGACCUGGCGGACCUCCACAGGGUGGCGGACCACCUCAAGGCGGUGGACCCCCCCACGGCGGCGGACCCCCUCCAGGUGGCGGACCCCCUCAAGGACCUGGCGGACCACCACCUGUGGCUCCUCUCAGCGUACCAGGCGCCCCCGCCGGCCGAACCAAAGUCCGCGCCCCCAAUGUUUUUGACAGAGAUCGCGACAAUCUUUGCACCUUCCUCAAUGAACUCUUCCUACCAGAGCCGCAUCGUCACCACCCUAACGUUCAUGGACGGACUGAAGACCUUCCAGCCCAUCGAGGAAGCCGCUACGGCCGCCUCCAAGCUGUACCACCUCGACUACCGACCUGCCGCACUAGACACCUUCAACGCGGAAUUCUUCCGCCUCUGCGCCCUCGCCGGUAUACUCGAAGACAGUGCUCAGCUGUCCUUUUAUAAGGAGCGUCUCCCAGAAAGCAUGCGACGACGGGUUCGCCUCACGUACCCCAUCCCCACCACCGUUAAUGAGUGGGCAGCAUGGGUGUUGGAGAUUGAACACUCCAACUACGUGUCACGAACCGCCCUCACGGCGCUACAUUUCCUUUUCGAUUUGGACCAUUGCCUCCGACUCCCCUCCCAACGACAACUGAGUCAGGACGGCCACUACGAGCAGCUGUACUCGCGUCCAUCAGCCUACCAGGGACUAGACAGCCCAGUCGCUCAGCAACCCGCGCCCCAAGCUGUAUCCCUAGCCCAGGCGGCUCUCCCCGAACUGAAUCUCCUCCCGGAGGAUCUCAUAUCCCGCUCGACACCACCAUCUCGCUCGUCACCAAUCAUCUAG